UGCGAGGCCCGUGUGUGUGCUAGCGCGCGCCGAGGUGGAAGGAAAAGCGUCGUCGCGAAGUAUAAAAACGUAACGAUCCGGCCGUCGGCGUCCGAGAUUCGCCCCGCGCGGUUAACCCCCGCGGUCCCGAUACAAAUUACGUGCGUGUGUGACGCGGACGCGCGUGUCCGCUCCGCCGACGGUGCGCGAAUCGCGCAGGCGGCGCGCGGCGCUUGCUUGACCAGCGCAGUCGGCCUACGUUUAGAAGGCAGCCAUCUUGCAAUCCCUAAUCAAAGAUCCACGGGCAAGCGGGGUAUCGCUGUCUGGUUUUGCGGCCAGUUAAUAUCAACACACAGUUCGUCAAAUGGCUUUAAAGCGAAUUAAUAAGGAACUUCAAGAUCUUGGUAGAGAUCCGCCAGCACAAUGCUCGGCUGGACCUGUAGGAGAUGAUUUAUUCCACUGGCAGGCAACAAUCAUGGGACCACCCGACAGUCCGUAUCAAGGAGGGGUAUUUUUCCUAACAAUACACUUUCCAACAGAUUACCCGUUUAAACCACCUAAGGUGGCAUUCACGACUAGAAUUUAUCAUCCCAAUAUCAACAGUAAUGGAAGUAUUUGUUUGGAUAUUUUACGAUCUCAGUGGUCUCCUGCGCUCACUAUAUCAAAGGUGUUAUUGUCAAUAUGCUCUUUGCUGUGCGAUCCAAAUCCAGAUGACCCACUGGUACCAGAGAUAGCCAGGAUAUACAAAACCGACAGGGAGAAGUAUAAUGAAUUGGCACGCGAAUGGACGCGCAAGUAUGCCAUGUGAUGCGCCAAUCUCCAUUGACUUCAACAUCCAAACACCACCAAGAAACAGCCCCAGCCUAUUGCCACUUACGCAUCAGCACCGAUUGAAAUUAGCUAUGGCUCGUAUACUUUUUAAACUUAAGCAGUAUUCGGGCCCGAGGAAUCCUCAGGCAAACGUGAUCGAUCUGAACUUCUCGCGGUUCAAGAAGUCCGCGAAUGGUUAAAAAAAAAAAACGUUGCCGCAAUGGCAAUUGAGGCAAUUUUGAAGGUGGUCACCCAGCAUUAUAUAUACUGAAUCAGACAACACAUGUCCGCUUUGUUUUUUCAUAAAUAAAAGAAAAAUGGAAGUAACAUAUAGGAGAGUGAAAGUAGGAUUUGUAUUUUGAAUCUAAUAGAUUGGUUUUCUCUAAUUAUUGUGCUUAUGAUAAUUGUAACAUUACCUACUUUCUCAGUGAAACAAAAACUGAAAAACUUUGAACUGACAGCACAUCGAUUGUUAGUCUUAAACGCAAGUGAGCAAUGUUUGCCCGUCCCUUGAAACGAUGUGGUCACUCUUUUGUAAGACUGGGCUAUAUAUAUAUAAAUAUUACUGAAACUACGUGUAUGCUUUGUUCAAUUAUUAAAAUUCCUUAUACCUGACAAAUUCUACGAGUAACUCGAAAUCUGUGCUUUUGGUUCCUGUGUGUGUGUGUAGUAAUUUAAUUAUGCAUAUCGUUAAUCGGCAAGUGGCAACCGUGCAACUUUAAGUAAUCGGAAGUACUUGCGAGCGCUGGAUAAAAGUUUGUCUGAUAUUUAAGAGUAUGGUCUGCAGUCUCGCGGCUCUAUAAAGAUUCGUUGUAUAAUUUAUUUGGAAGCGUGCGGAUCGCUCGUGUCAUCCUUUUCGGCUUUUACGCUGAAUAAAUGGCGAGCAGUCGAUUGGGUCACUAUCGUCAAUAAAUGACGUGAGGGAGAGGACAAUUCCGAUUAUUUAAACUUAUAUACGGAUCGCGUUAUAUUAAAUUAGGCGACAAGUAUGUCGAUACGGCGCGAGGGGGGAUCGCCACUGGAUUUGCCAAAAUCUCGGCGACUCGUCUCGCAUUACAGUGCAUGAAUGCACGCUAUUAAGUUUGUGCGUCGCGUUCUGCGGAUCAGGAAUUCGCACUCGCCCGUCGUCCAUCGCGACGCUAUUUUACUCGCAUCAAUACUUUUACUGCUGCUUUGCGUGCAGAUGUUUCUUUAAGCAGCGAUUUUUUUUUUUUAUUUAGUUUUCGUGACCAGAUGUUUUUUCCUUUCAUCCACAAUAUAAAAUGCGUACAGUCGCGACGGGCGACCGUACUGUUCCAUUGCUGGACCGAACGAUAGACUUAAAAUACAAUCUGUUAUUUAAACGUUACGAUUACAAUUAUUAUGUCCCCCGAUAUAUUGUGGCUGUAAGGGUAAGGCGAUGUGAUUACAUAUUAUUAUUUCUUAAAAACCUAGCUAUUAUACAAAAUGAACAAAAUGUGUCGUUAAAUUGCGAAAUGUCAUUCAGCGCGAUUAGUUCGUUUAAGAUUAUAUGAAACUACAAUAAUUGCACUGUUUUGAUGGUGCUAGCAGUGUGUUUUUGGCUUCUAAUCAUAGAUAAAUAAAUAAAAUCUGAUACGUCAUUUAAAAAGAAAAAAAGAAAGAUACGAUUACUUAAUUAGUGCGUAAGUGAAAACGACUUUGUCUUUGCGAACCACGUGUAAAGCGCGCGUCAGUGCGAAAACCGUCUCGAUAUGUAAUCGGUGCUUAAAAGAUAUACGGCAAGCUGAUGGGGCGGACUAAAGGAACUAAGGGGAACCUAGAGAAGACAAAUCGAUUAGUAUGUAAUGCGGCGGCCCGCUGUUUACGCCGACCUUGUCUCAUACGACCGUGUAUCUGCUGUAAUUUAAUUACGAGUAAACGCGUCUCUGUCGGAUCUGGUAUAUUUAAAAGUUAUAGUCCUCGAAAAAGAAAAAGGAAAAAAAAAACUUGAUCAUCGUUCACUCUCUAGUAGAAGAUGACUAUUCAUGUGUAUAAUUAAUUAUUACUACCGCAAUAAUGAACAUUUUUAAUAACUUAUCUUGUGUACAUUUUAGCAUUAGCCCUUUAUAUAAUAAAGUCCACAUGAUGAUAAGGUA